AUGGAAUCCCCGCACAAGAGUGAACUAGAUGAACUGCCUCAAGAUGCGCAAGAAGUAAAAAUCAAUCCAGUUGACACCAACUCACUUUCGAGGGGUGAGGAUGUCGAUAGCUGGACCGAGGAAGAAGAGCAACGCGUUAAAAGGAAAAUUGACGUUAGGAUUUUGCCUCUUCUGGCAAUUUGUUAUAUGCUUCAACUUCUGGACAAGACGUCGUUAUCCGGUGCUUCGAUCCUGGGUAUCAUUCAAGACCUGAAACUCGUAGGAAGCCAGUAUUCAUGGUCUUCCUCCAUUUUCUACUUUGGCUUCCUUGUCUUUAGCUAUCCCACUUCGGUGCUCAUGGUCAAGUAUCCAAUUGGUAAAUAUGUCUCUUCAACAGUUAUCGUUUGGGCCGGUGUUAUCAUGCUUCAUGCUGCUUGCUACAACUGGGGCGGCCUGAUGGCCGUCAGAGCGUUCCUUGGAGUCGCCGAAGCUUCUUGCACACCUGCUUUCGCUAUUUUGAUAGGCCUUUUUUACAAACGAAGUGAGCAGCCAUCACGCCAGAACCUAUGGUUUCUCGGACAAGCUGUCGGAGGUGCCUGCGGUGCAAUCAUUACCUGGGCAGUCACUUUCCUGGAAGGCGCACUGGACACAUGGCAGUACCUCUUUCUGAUUUAUGGAGCAGCGACUAUUGUAUGGGGGGUUGUCAUGCUACUCAUGCUCCCUGAUCAUCCCUCAACAGCACGCUUUUUCACUCUAAGAGAGCGGGAAAUUGCAACCCGUCGUCUAGAGUAUGAAUCGACAAAGAGGUCGUCAGUGUACAAGAAGGGGCAAGUCUUCGAGGCUCUUAUGGAUCCCCAAGUUUGGUUCAUGGCUUUGUACACUUUCACUGUGCAUCUCGCCAAUGGUGGCAUUGCUGCUUUUGGUGUGCUUGUCGUCUCAGGCCUAGGCUUCGACAAGCGAACAACCCUGCUAUUGCAAGCACCUAUCGCUGGCUUUCAAAUGAUAUUCAUCGUGACGGGAAUCUUAGCCACACACUACUUCCAAAAUGCUCGUCUUUAUGUGAUGAUCUUCCUUGUUUCAUGCAGCUUGACUGGCAUGACUAUGGUAUAUGCGAUUGAUCCAGUUCGUUCUGUUGCCCGAUAUUGUGGCUACUGUCUCACGACUGGCUAUGUUGCGUGCUUACCGACGGCCCUUUCAAUCAUUACCUCGAACGUCACCGGACAUACGAAACGAUCAACAGCUUUAGGAAUGAUGGUACGUUUUCUCUACAGUCAUAUCGGUGGCUCGCCGGAAGUUGCGUUGACGCCUGAGACAUGUCUUGAGCGACGAUACUGGCUUUCAGCAGACGACCCCUCCCCUUAA